AUGAACUUAUCCAACAAUUACUCUUGGGAUGACUCUCAAUGAGUUGUCUCUGAUCAAUGCAGAGAGUCUCCAUUAAAGAAUAGUGUCUAUGAAUGGCACAAUAGCAAAAACAUUCUUUUGGUUGACAAAGGCCACGUCAAAAAUGCAAGAGAAUCAUAUAGCAAAGAUAAAUUUGUAUGCUUUAGUAUGAUCUUUCCAAAAGCCAAUAAAAAUGAUGAAAUUGAUAUUAUACUUCCAACUCCAAGACUUGGUUGUCAAGUUGAGAAAAUAAACCUCAUGAAUAAAGCCAAGCGCUUGAAAGAAUUUAAAGACUUGAAGAACUGUUCAUCUUGUAGUUAUCCAAACACCAUCAACAAAAACAAAGAUAUGUCUUGAUCUUGGGUGGAAAAGUGCAAAGUAUGUCAAAAGCUAUCAUCCCCCAGAAUCUUGGACAGCAUCAAAGGAAGAUUCUAACUCUUUUACUAAGCCAGUCUGAGGUUCCUUCUCUGCCGCCAAUAAUCUAAUUUUACCAUAAAAUUAU